GUUUUUCUAACAUUUCUUUAAGUAACUUUGCAGGGCAAUCGACAGUAACCAUGAGCAAUGCUGUAUGGAAACUUUAGAGAGAUCUGCCGUAAAUUGAUGAUAACCUAAAGGGGGGGAGAAAAACCAAAGGUUUGUACACCCAGAAUGAAGAGAACACUUUGCUAAUCCUGUGACAAAAGCAGCGGCGAGGUUAAUUAACUGGGCUGCCAGACACUCACACACUUUGGGUUUUGACUCUGUGUGUGGGAGAAGAUGGGGCAAAGGUUGAAACCAGAGAGAGCAACACAGAUCUAUUGCCUGCAAAGUAUACAGCUGGUAGCCUGGCACUGAGAUUGAGAGCCAGCUAGCCCCCUUCCCAAGCGGAAUGGAUCAGCACACUCAUCCAUCACCCAGAGCAGGUAAUGGAUGCAAAAGAUAAUAGUGCUUGCGGUUUCUUUGUAUCUCACUUCCCGCCCCACUGCUCCUGCAAACCAUGUCCAGAGAACAGAACUCCUAAGAAGAUGAAGCGGCUGAAUUCAGCUAACCUGCUUUUCCUGGCUGUGCUGCUGUUCAAUUAUCUCUGGAAAGGCUCCUCUCUUAACGUCCGCACGUGUGAGGGCUACGCAGGAAAAGAUGACGUCUAUCAUUCCGGAUUUCACUGCCCGCGGUUAAGUGAUCCAAAUGAGCACAUAUAUUGCUGUUGGACUGGAAAUUACUCUCUGAAAUAUUGCUGUGACCAGGAAGAAUUUGAAAUUAUCAUGAAGGUGAAUCUGUCGGAAGCACUGUCACCUCAUAUUCACAGGAGUCCCAUUCCAUUGCUUGGCAUUGGCUUCUACGGACUUAUAAUCCUCUCAUUGAUGAUAGUGGAUUUUCUAUAUUACUACAGACUGAACAAGAAUACCUUCUUCAGUAUGCUGAGUAACACCUGGAUUGGGAAGCACUUAUUGUGCUUCUUCUUCACCCGAAACAGGAGAGAAGACACACUGUACGAGAACAAUAGUGCGAGCGAUGUGGCCAAGCGAAGGAUGUCAGAGCACACGAUAUGGGAUAAGCAGAGACCUUUAGAAGGCAGAGUGUGAGCAUUGCCACGAGCUGGGCUAACAUUGAGAGCCUCGCUCAGACUGGUACUGUUUGCUUCCUGAUAAACAUUGCAGGAUAGAACAAUGACAGGAGCUCUAUUAAUACUAUGGUGACAAUCAUGACUGUAAGACUAUGGCUUUAAUAAGAUGCGACGUGUCUUCUCUGCAGGAAGUUUGUCAAAGACCUGAUGCGUUAUUAUUUUUUCAAGCGCAUCCGGCAGGGCAGAUAUAGGGCUUGAUAACACACUUACAAUGAAUGUAUUACUGACACUUAAUAACGCUGUAACGUCAAACAUUACUGUGAAUGCUGUAUUGACGGAAUACGACACUGAAACAGAUGGGUUGGAUGGAACAGGACAAUAACUCAGUACAGGUGGAGGCUGAUAACCUCUGACCUCUAGCAUUAUAGUCAGAGUUGAGUUUACCAUGACAAAGGUAGAUAGAUAGAAGGUAGAGCCUUUCUAUGACAAACAGCAGUGAAACAGGUUGAUAUUUAUACUCGGAGACCUAGAACUGAGUAAUGGAAGCAGCACGCCUCGGUAUACGGUGUCUGCUGCACACCUGGGAUAGCAUUACUGCAGGAUACACAGCGACCACCUGCUUCUGAUCCAUCAGUUCUCCUGGACCAGAUGGAGCUGUCCCAAUUAGAGACCAGAAUCCCAAUUCCUGCAUGUGAGGCGAACAAAAUGCUUCCUUUCUAUGUCCUAGGUUACAAUAAUACAAUGCUAAGGAACAUAUGAUUUGACUACAAGCCCCAUAGUUCAAAGAGGUUAAUUACCAUCUGAGGAUGAUGGGAGUUUUAACCAAAUAGUUACGCAGACAAAUAGAAGAUAUUGCUAUAUUUUGACACAUGUGUGGGCUUUGAGAGCUUCUUUGAAAACUUCUGUAGUUGAUGAGAAGACAUAAAAGAAAAGAAACUUGUUGAGCCUGUACAUUUAUAUUAUCAUCUUUAUAAAGGUGUAUUGUAAAUGUCACCAGGGCCAUCUUUAAUAUUGAUUGGGCCCUGGGCAAGCAUUUGAUGGGGCACCCUG